GCCCACUUCCAAAAGUCAACUCCUCUUUCUCUCUCAUCUUUCUCUCUCAUUAAAAAAAAUUUCUGAGCUAUCAAAUUUCUUCUUCUUUGGGUUUUCAGGCGCACUAUCAUCUCUCUCACUGAGAGAAACAGAGUAUUAUGCAAUGAUCAAUCAAAUCAAACAGUAAAGAAGAUAAAAUUCUCUUUCUUUCAAGCCUUCAAAUUUUUUUUUCCUUUGUUCAUAUGGGUAAUCGUAUUGGGAAGAUUGGCCACUGUUUCGCCGGCGCCGGCGAUAUCUCCCGGCGUUAUGAUCCUGCCGACAUUAUCUCCGACCCCCACGAUGGGGGUUUCGGUCAUUCCUUCUACUACUUACCACCCGACCCACAUACUCUCUCGUCAUCCAAAGAUUUCUCCGACGUCUACAUAUCUCCGGUGACCAUUUUCCGGUCGAUUUCCGGCGCCUCCGUUAGUGCCAACGUCUCAACGCCGCUCUCCACUUCUCUUGUUGAUCUCUAUCCUUACAGCACCACGUUUGAUCGGGCUGCAGCUUUUGAUUGCACGAAUUCCUUCGCCUCUGUGCCGUUGCAGCCGGUGCCUCGCCACUCGGUGUCGGGAAAUUCCGGUGGAUUUCCUUUUUCAGGUCCGAUGGAGAGAGGGUUUUUAUCUGGACCUUUGGCUGCGAGGAGCUUUGAAUCGGGUCCGAUUGAUCGAGUGGUUCAUUCCGGUCCAGUUGAGAAGGACGGCGGACCGGAGAAAUUGCAAAGGAGCGUCUCUCAGGGCGGGGUUGGAGACAGAGAACCGAAAUUGAAAAAAAGAAGAAGAAGAAGAAAUCUUAUUCGGAUUCUGAAGAGAGCCAUAUCCAAAACCAUCUCUCGAAACAAGCAUAAUGAAAAUGGCGCGGCUUCUGCUGGUCAGACUCAGAGCAGUGUCCAUUUGAGCAGCCAUGGGAGCUUGGCGCAGGAAGACGAUGGCGAUUACUUUCUCGGAGGUCAGAGUGUACAGUGGGCGCAGGGGAAGGCCGGUGAGGAUAGAGUUCACGUGGUGAUAUCAGAGGAUAAUGGUUGGGUUUUUGUCGGAAUUUAUGAUGGAUUCAACGGCCCUGAUGCUCCUGAUUACUUGCUUGCUAAUCUCUACACUGCUGUUCUUAAAGAGCUCAAGAGUGGUUUGAUUUGGAGUGAUAAGUUCGAUUCAACUGCAACUUCAUCUUCCAUGAACUCAUCGAAUUCUGCUUCAACUGAGGAAGACGAUCAUAGAACAAAUCACAUGAAAAAUCAAGAGAGUGAUCAUCAAUCUACAGAGAAUAUCUUACCCGAAAAUGAUGUUGUGAAUUUGGAGGCUGAUUUGGUGAGGAAAAGAGAGAGAGUUCACAAUACGAAUUACAGGACGAGUCAGCUGAUGAAGAAGGCGGAUCAGAAUCCAAAGAACUGGAAAUGUGAAUGGGAAAGGGAAAGAUUAGGAUUAGAGGGGAAGUUGAACAAUAACAGACAAAUAGAUCACCACCAAAUAUGGGAUGAAUCAACAGCAAUCAAUCAUUCUGAGGUGUUGAAUGCUCUGUCUCAAGCAUUGAGAAAAACAGAGGAAGCAUAUCUGCAAAAUGCAGACAAGAUGGUCACAAGAAAUCCUGAGCUAGCUCUAAUGGGUUCUUGUGUUUUGGUGAUGUUGAUGAGAGGAGAAGAUGUCUACUUGAUGAAUGUAGGAGAUAGCCGUGCUAUUGUAGCGCAGCAAUUCGAACCGGAUUUCGGGACUGGAAAACCAUACAGAGACUUGGAGAGAAUCAAUGAAGGAACAAUGCGAGUAUUUGAAUCCUCUAAUGGAGUAGAGUUUGAAAAAUUAAAAGCGUUGGCUUCCCAUCAGCUUACAAUGGACCACAGCACUUACACAGAGGAGGAAGUUCAGAGGAUCAAGAAUGCUCAUCCUGACGACGCUUCCGCAAUUAUGAAUGACAGGGUGAAAGGUUAUUUGAAGAUCACACGAGCGUUCGGAGCUGGCUUUCUGAAACAGCCAAAGUGGAAUGAUGCAUUGCUAGAGAUGUUCAGAAUAGACUACGUGGGAAAUUCACCUUACAUCACCUGUGAUCCAACUCUAUGCCAUUAUAAACUCAGCCCAACGGACAGAUUCUUGAUAUUGUCCUCUGAUGGACUCUACCAGUACUUUACCAAUGAAGAAGCUGUUGCUCAAGUAGAGUCCUUCAUUGCUUCUUUUCCUGAAGGAGAUCCUGCUCAAAAUCUAAUUGAAGAAGUAUUGUUCCGAGCAGCUAAAAAAUACGGAAUGGACUUCCAUGAACUGCUUGAUAUCCCACAAGGGGAGCGACGGAAGUACCAUGAUGACGUUUCGGUAAUCAUCAUUUCAUUUGAAGGAAGAAUGUGGCAUUCGUUGAUGUAAAUAAAGAUACUAGCCAAUAGAAAUCGAUAACAACAGAAGGUUGGGCAAUUAAUUCUGCCAUUUAUUUCAUUUAUUCUUCUACCCUAUUCUCAUUACAAAUGCAAUCAAAUCAAUUUCUCUCGUGUUCAACCUGUAACAGAGAGAGUGUAGAGUUAGUUGUUCAACUUCCUGUUUCACCCUAAUUGUGUGUGUGUGUGUGUUGCAACUUGCAUCCAAUACAAAUGCAUUCCAAAGAAGAAUUGGAAAAUUUUAACAA